CAGCAACAUCAUCCUCCAUCCCCACGAGAGAAGAGAACAUUGUCAAACCCCCCGUUCACACCUGCUUUUUGUCCGAAAGGAGCUACCUUUAUAAUUCCCCAAUCCACUUCUCCACCUCCUCGAACUGACCCAAGAACGAAACGAGGGGGAAGAAGAAGCAGCACAGCCACAGCGGCAGCAGCGAAUCGCCAAAGUUGCAAUCUUUUCUCGUCCCCCCCGGCCUUUAUGAAACUCGCUUCCCUCCCGAACCCAGAAGACCUCUCCUACAUCCUGACCCUCCUCCAGAACUCCAUGAACGAGGCGGCCUCCGCCACCACCGCCACCUCCACCAAGCGCCGCCGGAGGAAAGAGAACGGCGGCGACAGGGGCGGCGGCGGCGGAGGAGGAGGAGGAGGAGGUCGGGACGCGGGCUCCCCUGGCGAAGAGGACGGCGGUGGCGGGAGGAAGAAGGAGCUGAAGGGGGUGCUCGCGUCGCUGCUGCUGCUGGACGAGCAGGAGAAGCGGGACGGGGAGGAGAGCCAGAGGGCGUCCCGGGAGGAGAAGCAGCUGUUCGAGACCAAUCACAAGAAGAAGACCAAGGCCAUGCUGGACUACUACUCCAACGUCGAGGAGUACUACACGGAGGUGGAGGAGCAGGACCGGGUGAGGCGGAAGAAGGGGCGGUCGAUGGCCGGGGCCGUCGCCGGCGCCGUCGCCUGCGAGGCGGAGUCGGAGGAAGGGGAGAAGGGGGCCAAGAAAGGGGGCGGCGGCGACGGCGGCGGGGCCGGGCAGCAGAGGCGGUUGUGGGUCAAGGAGAGGUCGAAUGCGUGGUGGGACGAGUGCAAUACGCCGGGCUUCCCGGAGGAGGAGUUCAAGAAGGCGUUCAGGAUGGGGAGAUCGACCUUCGACAUGAUCUGCGAGGAGCUGAAUUCGGCUAUCGCGAAGGAGGACACGACAUUGCGGAGCGCCAUCCCGGUCCGGCAGCGGGUGGCGGUCUGCCUGUGGAGGUUGGCGACCGGCGAGCCGCUCCGGCUCGUCUCGAAGAAGUUCGGUUUAGGCAUUUCGACUUGUCAUAAGUUGGUUCUCGAGGUGUGUACGGCUAUUCGGACCGUAUUGAUGCCUAAGUACUUGCAAUGGCCUGAUGAGGAUAAGGCUAGGAAGAUCAAGGAUGAAUAUGAAUCGAUUUCGGGGAUACCCAAUGUCGUCGGGUCGAUGUACACGACCCAUAUUCCGAUUAUCGCUCCUAAGAUUAGCGUCGCCGCUUAUUUCAAUAAGCGGCACACGGAGCGGAAUCAGAAGACCUCGUAUUCGAUCACUCUGCAAGGCGUGGUCGACCCCAGAGGGGUGUUUACUGAUGUCUGUAUCGGUUGGCCUGGUUCGAUGCCCGAUGAUCAGGUGCUGGAGAAGUCUGCGCUUUAUCAGAGGGCUAAUGGGGGCUUAUUGAAGGGCGUUUGGAUCGUCGGUAAUUCGGGGUACCCCUUGUUGGAUUGGGUCUUGGUGCCUUACACACAGCAAAAUUUGACGUGGACUCAGCACGCGUUUAAUGAGAAGAUCGGCGAGGUCCAGAAGGUGGCGAAAGACGCAUUCGCGAGGUUGAAAGCGAGGUGGAGCUGCUUGCAAAAACGGACGGAAGUGAAGCUUCAGGAUUUGCCGGUGGUUCUCGGAGCAUGCUGUGUUCUGCAUAAUAUCUGCGAAAUGAGAGGCGAGGGAAUCGACUUGGAGCUAGGACUCGAGCUCCUUGAUGAUGAGAUGGUCCCUGAGUUACCUUUGAGAUCAGUGAGCUCGAUGAAGGCUAGGGAUGCUAUUGCCCAUAACCUCUUGCACCAUGGCCUGGCUGGGACUUCUUUUCUAUAGAGCAAACAGUCACAGCUGAUUUAAAUUCUUAUUUUCGUUUUUUUUUUUUUUUGUACUUUUGAAAUGGUAAUUCUUUGGAAUUCUCUUUCUUUCAUACUUUGCUGUAGUCUUACACCAUAAUUAUUCAUCAUGAUUUGUUGAAGGAGCUGUGUAAAAGAUACGCUCUUGCACCUUCCACAAACAGAUGAUACUAGUCUUCAUAAGCUUUAUGUUAUAUAGGUUGAAUCGAAGGAAAAUGUUGCAGAUCGUGAUUACACACUUGAAUUAGCAAAAAAGGAAAAAACUCAGAUGAAAUUCGACAUUAUUGGAUUCUUUA